AUGUCUUAUCAAAUUGGCAUCUGUUAUGGAUGUCAAAAAUGUUUGUAUUGUGGUACUACUGAAAAUUGUGAAUGUGAUAAAACUACUAAACCUACUAAAAAUAAUAGAACUGAAGAAGUAAAAACUGCAUAUUGUCAUUUUUACAAAAGUACACUUACAAAUGAACAAAAAGAAUUUUUAAAAGAUCGAAAAUCAUUAUUUAAGUAUAAUUCAAAUUUAUCUGUAAAAUUAGAAAACAAAAUAGAAUUACCAUCAAAAUUUAUAGAAAUUUCCGUAUCCUCUAUUGAUGAACUUCUAUUAGAAAUUUAUAAUCAUUUAAUUAUUUUAAUUGAAGAUAAUACUAUUUUUAUGGAUGAUUAUUUUAUUGCAUAUAAACUUGAAAAAACAACUG